ACGCUUCGCCGGACCGGAACUGGCCGACUUACGGGAACUUUGCGGGCUUUGCGGCGGCGGCGAGAUGGGAAGGACUGGGUCGGGUCAAGUCCUGAUACCGGAAGCGUUUCUCGGGGAGCUCGCAAAGGCUCACGCCGAGCCCCGCUCGCCGUAAAUCUAUGCAAAUCACAUGCAAACCGGCUGCGUUGUGGCGCUCUGGUUGAGUGCAAAACAAGCCCGUUUGAGGCUGAGCCAGAUUAUCCCCGGUUAAUUGCGGUUAAGGGUCAGAAACUGUCAGAUCGGUACACCCGGCACCUCUUUCUGCAUACAGAUAAGGCGUGUGACCCCGUCGUCAUGCGUCACGGCCCUGCCUCUGUAAGCCGGCGUAGCGGGGGCGGCGUGCCGGGGGGCGGAGCGGCCUGUGCACCCGCCUCCUGUGGGCAGAGCCAUCUGCGGACGACUGCGGCAGCGGGGCGGGUAUGGUACAGCUGGAUCUUCGCGUCCUGGGCAGCAUAGCCGGUUCUGUGCUCCGUGCAUCGACUACCUGGCCGUGCGUGGCAGGCAGAGCAGGCCCGAAAGGAGCAGGUUGGGAGUGUGGCGGGGCCCGCAGCUUCAGCAGCACCGCGGUGACCAUGGCCCCGAUCAAGGUGGGAGAUGCCAUUCCCUCAGUGGAGGUAUUUGAAGGGGAACCCGGAAAGAAGGUGAACUUGGCAGAGCUGUUCAAGGGCAAGAAAGGUGUUUUGUUUGGAGUCCCUGGGGCAUUUACACCUGGCUGUUCUAAGACCCACCUGCCUGGGUUUGUGGAGCAAGCUGGAGCUCUGAAGGCCAAGGGAGCUCAGGUGGUGGCCUGUCUGAGUGUUAAUGAUGUCUUUGUGACUGAAGAGUGGGGUCGAGCCCACCAGGCAGAAGGCAAGGUUCGGCUCCUGGCUGACCCCACUGGAACCUUUGGGAAGGCGACAGAUUUAUUAUUGGAUGAUUCUUUGGUGUCUCUCUUUGGGAAUCGUCGGCUGAAAAGGUUCUCCAUGGUGAUAGACAACGGCAUAGUGAAGGCACUGAACGUGGAGCCGGAUGGCACAGGCCUCACCUGCAGCCUGGCCCCCAACAUCCUCUCACAACUCUGAGGCUCUGACCAGAUGUCCUCUGACUCUCCCGUCUCCGCCACCCGGCUCUAGGCCAAAAGGCUCAGUACCUCCUUACCGGGGGCCACUUAAAUGGAAGCUUGACCACAUUUCUGCAAUAAACAGUUUAAUUUGUGUCUUUGCCUCUGA